AAGCUAGCAUAAUCAUUUAUUACGAUUACAGUUUAGUCAGAGUCAGAGUGAGAGAGUCAGAAUUAAAGUAAAGUUAAUAAACAUCAGUUUAUUAUUGCAUUUAUUUUGUUUCACUACAAUAAAAGCGGAAAACAAUUAACUGCUGCCGCAGUGUAUAAGAUAUGUGCUAAUGGUUGAUGAAGCAGUUAAAAUUACAAUUUAAUUCGACUAUCUAAAGCAAAAAGGAGCGCUUAUUCUAAGCUGAAUGAUAUCGUCGGUUGUUUCAGUAUAAAUUAGAGGGUGUAAAAGAAACUAUUAGUUAGAAAUAAUUCAAUUGUCUUAUUGAACUGUUAUUUACAAAAAAAAAAAAAAUAGUGAGAAUUAUAAAUAUACCUUUUUAUUUCAAUGGACUCCCCCGUCAAGAAUACUGAAGGAAAGAAAAGAAAAGAGUUAGAAGAUGAAGAGAAAAUAACGAAAAGAGUUAAAGAAGAACUUCCGUCUACGUCAUCCCCUAUAAUAGACAAUAAAGUUAAAGGAGGGAAAAUAGAAGACGAAAAUUUGCCUAUCCCGGAAAAGCAGUAUGCAGAGCUUCAGCACGAAGCUACAGACAUUUCCAGAAAUAAGUCGAGGAAAUUUCCGAAAACAAAGAAAUUUUUAUCACGUAUUUACAGAGCCAAUCACUUUAAGGAGAGAGAUAUUGGCGAGAGCUUCGUCGAACAGUACGAAGUUCGUCACGCUCAAAUUCGUGGUAUAUACUUAAUGUAUUUCAUGAGAAAACAUUUAGCAACCAUGUAUAACGCGAAACUUAAAGAUUUCCGCGUGGAAGAGGUAUUUAAGAAAAAGUAUUCAGAAAAUGAAAAGGAAUUCCGUAUACAAAAGCAAAUGCCAGAGUCUUAUAAGAUAUAUAUCGACAAUAAAUGCCAAACUAUGCAUAGUGUUGAAAAGAUUAAAAUCGUCUCACUUGCACACACCAUGUAUUACGCGGACAAAAGCGAAGGGCGGCCUUCUCCGUCCGUAGAGAUUCGUGUUGCAGACGGAAACCUUGAAGCUAUUUUAAAAUAUUUGGAAACAUUCAAAUCCAAAUACAAGUCGGUUGACAUUAAUCCCAGACUGGAUUGUGAUUACUUUCGAGGCGAUGCAAAUGUUAUAUUCGAUGAUGAGGUGAUCUUUCAAACUAUGUCGUCCUUGAAAGAAAAUAAUAUGCCUGUAGAUAAGGCUCAUCAGUGCAUUUUAUAUUCGUUGGCUUAUUUUAAGAAAACACGAAAGAAGAUAUUAAAAUUCAUAGUUUACAACCCCCUGGCUGGUAAAGAGUUUAUUAUGCAGUUAGAAGACAUUGACUUGGAAGGCCUGGAAGACGCUCUGAAAAGUGAUUUGAUGAUAGAAGAAGACGAAGGAAAAAUCGAGAAGAAGAACGAGGACAAAUAAUAGAAGUAAUUUAUUUUUUUUAUCUCCUUUUCAAUCUUUUACUUCUUGGUUAUGUUAUAAGCAUGCAUUGACGUAACAAUAAAGUUUAUCGCAGCACAAUUUGCUAAAAGUUCAUGGUUUGUAAAGUUUGGGGUUCUCGAAGGAAAAAAUUUUAAAAUAAGCAAACGAACUAAAGAAAAGCACGCAAAGUUUCCUCGAUACAUGUUACCACGAAGUGCCGCUUACGACCAUAGACAUUGAAAUCAAAUCUUGCAUCACUUUUUAAAAUGUAUCAACGAUCUACACUCUUUUAAGCACAUCAAUCAUUCCGCCAUCACGAUGACGGUGUACGCGUCAACCUUAGAUAUAAAAUUGUUUAAAAGAGAGCCAACGUCGCGCAGUAGGGUGACCUAUAAAUUGAUAUUGCUACGCUAGAGUAGUAUUCUAUGCCACGCUUUGUUUUUUUACUUUUUCUUACUCUUCUCUACCCGUUGUUGCGAAGUACGUAGAUUUUUAUACCUUAGGUUCGUGCGGGCGUACGUAACACGUAGAAUAGUUUGAGAUAGAUCGUUGUUUUGUUAUAUUGAUCGAUUUAGAAAAUGAUUCUGAGUCGAUCUAAGUCUGUCUAUCCGCCUGUCCUGAUGCCUAUUCAUUUUUGUCUGGUAAUUUUUGAGAUAUUUUGAUGAAAUUUCUCACACUGACCUUUUUUGACCUAAUUUUGAAAAGUCGUUACAUUAA